AAAAGCCACGCCCCUCCGCAAGAUUCAAGAUUCAAGGCCGAUACGCGUAUGUCCGCAUGAACUGCACGAAACCAGCUCGUUCAUUUCCCAAUAAUUCACUUUCGUAAUCGUUCAUUGCGAUUUGGAAGCCGAAUUUCAACGACUGGAGACUUUCGUCUCGCGGAAAUAUCAUCCUGAAGCGUUUUCAGCGUCAUCCUGACAGAUUUGUGUUUUCAAACUGGGGAAGCUAACAAGGCAGAAGAUGGGUAAACAAAGUUACAAAGACGAGGAGGAGUACCGGAGGCGCCGAGAGCGCAACAACGAGGCCGUCAAGAAGAGCCGAGUGAAGAGCAAGAUGCGCAGCCAGGCUACGCAGGACAGGGUGCAGCAGUUGCAGAACGACAACACCAAGCUGGAGGAGAAGAUAAAGUACUUGGCGUCCGAGGUUGACUUCCUGAAGGAAAUGCUGUGCGCCAACCAAGGAGGUGAUGGAAAUCAAUGCUGACGACAGUAACAGAGUUCAGAAUCUGCUCAGUGAAAUGAAACAGGAACCAAACUGCAGUAACUCGUCCAACUCCACCCCCGAAACAAGCAGCAAGAGAAUCCGCAGGUCAACAGACAGCAGAUAUCAAUAAUGAAAUCAGACUCUCUUACAUUGUUUAUGUAUGAUCUAUCCGACUGCACUUACUUUUGAAUCAUUCGAGAGCGCAUGAGCCACUUUCAAAGUUGGCCUCUUCUGGAUGCAUUUUGGGGUAAAUUCAUUUAAUUAACAAACUGUAAACAGUGAAGCAUAUUAUCAUUUGUUAAUUCUAAGGUGGUAUCAUUAGCAUUCAUUUUUUGAUUUCUAUUUUUGCUCCGAUGUCCGAUGAGCAUCAAAAUUUUUUACUCUUAGAUUUAUUGGAAUGUUACUAAAAAUAGAUUUCCGCCCAAGAAGGCGAUGGAUGUUUACAAUUAGGAUUAUUACAAUAAAUAAUGUUAAAUGAA